AUGCCUGCCGCCGGAAAAACCAUUGCCCUCAUCAUCGGCAGCACGCGCACGCCUCGCCUAGGUCCUCACAUCCACAACUACAUCAAGAGCGAGUACCUCGACGCUGUUGCCGCCAGCAGCCGCGUGGGCCUGGAAACCAUUGACCUCGCCGACCACCGGCUGCCCAUCUUUGAUGAGCCGUCGCACCCCGCGGGCCGGCCCAAAGAGGACCCCACGGCCGCCUACGCGCACGAGCACACGCGGCGCUGGUCCGCCCUCGUCCGCCGCUACGACGGGUUUGUCUUCUUCACGCCCGAGUACAACGGCAGCGUGCCCGCGGGCCUCAAGACGGCCAUCGACGCCCUCUUCUACGAGUGGGCCGGCAAGCCCGCCGGCAUCGUGUCGUAUGCCGGCCGCGGCGGCGCCUCGGUCGCCGGUCACCUCCGCACCGUGCUCGGCGUCGUCGGCCUCCGCGUCGUGCCGACCACGGCUGGCGUGCCCGCCAACGCCAAGACCCUGGCCAGCUUCGAGGCCGACGGCAAGCCCCGCGACGAGGACCUUGAGCGCUGGGCGGCGGCCACGGUGGCGGAGAACAGCAAGGCGCUGCUCGGCGAGAUUAUCGCCCAGCUGGAUGAGCCCCAGACUCAGUAG